AGCGUCUCCGAGCAUGCAGAUUUUCAUCUUGGGACGUGGAAUGUGAGGUAGUUUGACGGAGCCGCUGAAACGCUUGUCCUUUUGAGGGUCAUAGUUCUUGAGACCAAUCUGGAGCUCGAGAGUCUCAACGAAGUUGCGUUUCUUAUCUUCGGAUUUGCCUCUGAUUACAGUUAUGGCUUCUUUCACGGCCUCACUCUGAAGCUUACUGUAAUCCAUCAAGGACAGAACCAUUAAUCAAACAGACAACAGUGACACAAGUAUAGUUGGAACAAACCAAACUGUAACCAGUGUCUCAACUUAUCUAAAUAUACCAAAGCCAUUAGCAGGCUAAUAUAAACCUUAAUCAAACGUAUUUUAUCUAAUUGGUCACCCAAAAUAGCCUAAAGGAAGAAGGAGAGUUAAAUUCAAACAACUGUGAAUGUAUAGAUGUAGUCAGGUACCUCAUUUUGAGCUUGUCUCAAAGAUCUGAUCCUACAAACAAACAAACAACAAAUGAAAUAAUAAAAAAACUGAAACAAAAAAUAGCUCAAGAAAACAAGUAUAAUAAACCUAAACGAAGAAGAAAACCCUAUGCUCGAUUUUAUUAUAACUAAGAAAAUGCGAUAAACCCAAAACGCAAUUGGGCCUGUAAUAAGUAAGAUAAAGAAAAGCCCAAAUCGCAACCGAGGUAAACCAAACUGAACCGAAUAGCUUUGUAACGUGAUUGGUCUAUUAAUUUUAUAACCAGAAACUAAACCGAGCUGAUUGACCAAAAAAAAAAAAAAAAACUAAACCGAAACUGUUUUGUAACCUUCUAUCUCUCGUCCGGGUUGAGUUCAUCGAAGAUGUCUUUUUCACCGUCGUGGGGGAGUUUCUGAUCAUGGUCUAGUCUAAGACACUCAAGUCAUCUAGCUUCAGCUGAUCAAUUCAUUCCAAUUCAGCUCAAGAGUGCCAAAUCAUGGGGCAGUUUCUGCUACAAGUCCUGCUCGCAUUGACCUUCUGGAUCGGAUCAGGCUCCUCGACUCGAUACAAUGCCGGCGAUCAUGUCCCUUUCUUCGUCAACAAAGUGGGUCCUCUCCACAAUCCAAGUGAGACCUAUCAGUACUAUGAUUUGCCCUUCUGUCGUCCAGAGCCUGUGAUUGAGAAACAGGAAACUCUUGGGGAAGUUCUUAAUGGUGACAGAUUAAUGAGCUCUUUAUAUGAGCUGAAAUUUAAGGAGGACAAAACUCAUUCCGUAUUGUGCCACAAGAGAUUAACCUCCAGUGAGAUCGCCAGGUUCAGAGACACUAUUGCUCAAGAUUUCUACUUUCAAAUGUAUUACGAUGAUCUUCCCUUGUGGGGGUUUGUUGGCAAAGUAGAGAGAGAUUAUUCUGUUCAUGGUGGGGAGGAGAAUGCUAAGUAUUAUUUGUUCAGUCACUUGAACUUUAAUGUUCUCCACAACGCAGAUGAGGUUAUUGAAAUCCAAAGUCUUAACGAUCCGAGUUACCUGGUUGACAUAUCACAGAACGUUGAGAUUGAUGUUCAGUUCACAUACUCGGUUUCUUGGAAUCUGACUUCAGAACGGUCUGAGACGAGAAUGAAUAAGUACUCUCAGGCGUCGCUUCAUCCUAUCAGCAAGAAGAUUCAUUAUUUCUCGUUUCUUAACUCGAUAACCGUUGUUGUUUUGGUUGUUGGGCUUCUUUCUUUGCUCUUCAUGCGCCAUCUCAAGAAUGAACUAAGAAGUAGCUCAAACGGAGAUGAAGAAGAAAAAAGGGAAGUGGGAUGGAAACUCAUACAAAGUGAUGUGUUUAGAUGUCCUCGCAACAUCUCCUUGCUUUGUGGCUUCUUAGGAACUGGUGCUCAAAUGCUAAUCUUGAUCAUUGCUCUAUUCGCAUUAGCCUUCACCGGUUUUCUAUACCCAUACAAUCGCGGAACGCUGCUCACUUCUCUUGUCAUCGUGUACACUCUAACAUCAGUAGUGGCUGGUUACACAUCUGCUUCUUUCCAUAGCCAUUUCGAGGGAGCCAAACAGAGAAGGAGUGUUCGUCUCGCUGGGAUCAUCUACACGGUUCCUUUCUUCAUAAUAGUUUCGAUCCUCAACACUGUGGCAAUAACAUACGGAGCAACGGCUGCACUCCCCUUUGGCACAAUAGUCAUCAUCAUACUCAUCUACACUCUUUUGAAUAUCCCAUUUCUCAUGUUGGGAGGAGUUUUAGAGAACCGUUUCGGAUUAUCAGAGUUUCAGCCUCCUUCCGCUAUUAAAAGAAACCCCAGAGAGAUUCCAACACAGAACUGGUAUCGGAGAAAGCUGUACCAGAUGUUUCUUGGAGGCCUUGUGCCUUUCAGUGCAGUUGCUCUUGAGUGGCACCAACUCUACGCAACCUUGUGGGGGUUCAAAAUAUACACCUCCCCUGGGAUAAUGCUUUUCGCGUUCAUUGUGCUCAUCUUGUUGAGUGCGAGUGUUGGUGUUAUCUUGACUUACAUUCAGCUAUCCGGUGAGGAUCAUGAGUGGUGGUGGAGAUCGUUCUCGUGCGGAGGCUUCGCGGCGAUCUUCAUGUAUGGGUAUGGAGUAUUCUUCUAUCUGAGGUCUGACAUGACUGGGCUUCUGCAGUUGAGCUUCUACUUGGGAUACACUGCUUUGUUCUGUUAUGCUUUCUUCUUGGUUCUUGGAACCAUAAGUUUCUUGGCUUCUUGGAUGUUUAUUCGCCAUAUCUACCGUUCUGUCAAGCUCGAAUAAACCGCCAAGAACCAAGGCGUACUCUUCUAAGUGAUCAUCUUUGUAUCUGUUUAGAUUAUCUGAUGAACUAAGUUAGCAACUGUAUCUUUUUUGAUAUGACCACAUGUUUCUACUAAGGAAUGAAAGUGAUGUUUCUUGCUUUAAGUUU